UGACUUCGCAGCUCCAGCAUGACAGGUGCUCUGACCGAGACUUGGCAGUUUCAGUCACGACGAUGGAGAGGAAGGUAGCGAGAAUGGAUUCAACAGCAGACGACAGUUUUGAAUCUGAAACGUUUCUAAGUAUUUUUAAGGACUUGAUGACAUGCAUGAAGCAUGUUAUAGUGGCAUUGUGUGUAAGUGUAUGGAGGUUUUUCAUUUCACCGCCAAGGAAAUGCGUGAAAAAUGAUAUUGUACUCAUCACUGGUAGUGGGUCGGGGAUCGGCAGACAAUUAGCAGAAGAAUUCGCAAAACUUGGAGCUAUUCUGGUACUAUGGGAUAUUGAAGAAAAGACAAAUUUAGAGACAGCAGAGUUAGUUCAACAAGCUGGUGCAAAAUGUUAUUGUUACACUUGCGAUGUUGGAAAUCGAGAUGAUGUUUACAAAACGGCCAAAAAGGUGAAACAAGAUGUUGGAGAUGUGACAAUUUUAGUAAACAAUGCAGGAGUUGUAAGUGGGAAAAAACUCAUUGAUAUUCCUGAUCAUCAAAUAGAAAAAACAAUCAACGUUAAUUUAAUGGCACAUUUCUGGACUGUCAAAUCUUUCCUACCCACAAUGAUGAGGAGGAAUUAUGGACAUGUUGUAACAGUCGGCAGCUCAACUGGUUUGGUAGGACUGAAUAAACUCACAGAUUAUAGCACGUCUAAAUUUGGAGUUGUCGGCUUCUCUGAAGUUCUUAAUUAUGAAGUGAUUUAUGGUGGCUAUGAUGGAGUAAAUACAACACUCAUAUGCCCUUCGUUUGUCAACACCGGACUAUUUCAUGGAUGUAAAAUGAAAUUUCCGUGGUUGCUGCCUGCACUUGAAACACAAAAAACUGUGGACCGUAUGAUGCAGGCUAUUCUCACCAAUCAGAAAAUGAUUUGUAUUCCACGCUCUGUCUACUUCCUUGCCACAUUGAAGAUGAUUCUUCCAGUGGAUGCCUUUAUUGAAGUCAAGAAAUUUUUCGGUGCUGCUGCAUUCAUGGACACUUACGUCGGUCGCGACAAACGAUUUAAUUCUUCAAGAAGCGGGACAAACGGAACAAAUGGAUUUCAUACCGACUGACAAACAGAAGAAAACAGAUUUUUAAACUACUCUCUGUUCAAAAGAUAUUUUUUGUCUUCAAAUAUUACCAGUAUAUGAAUGUCAAUGCUAUAAUUGAUUUAUAGCAAUAUGUUGUAUCUGGUAUAUCUGAAUGUAUUGAGUUCAUUUGUAUAUUGUAAUUUAAAUUGUAUUGAUAGAUUCCUGUUUUCAAAACCAAAGCUUUAUAAAUACAUGAAUCCUGACAAUCAGUAUGAAGAAGAUUAAUAGAGAUUUUCACCCCAUUGGAGUGAGCCAGUGAGGUGUCGACCAGAGGGCGGAAGAUUUUUAAUUUGUCAAUUAAUCUUGUUAAGUGUUUGGCAAAUAUAAAAUCUUACCCCAUUCUUUACCUCAAUAUCCAUCGAAUUGUGUUCAUGUCACUGUGUUAAAAAAUCACACGACUAUAACAUGUCAUCUGGCCUCUAUGCUUGUUUGUUUAUUUUUUGGGUUUAUCACCCCAUGAACAGUCAUUUCAAGGUGGAGUCUCCAUGUAGUAGUUAGUGGCUACCUACGUGUUUGGCGCCCUCACAGACUGAGCCAUUGAAACCCUCUUGCCGUAGAUGAAUGAUUUUACAGUGUGUUUUGUAAAUUCAAGCAUACAGUUUCAUUCAAAACCAAAGUUGACACAGUUGUAUGCAAAUGGCAGCUCAAUGGUGUUUUCAUGUGUUAAUCCUGUGCAAAAUUUGUUUCAAAAAAAUAAAAUACAAAUAAAAUAAAAAAAUAAAUGAAAUGAUGCUAUUGAAAAUCAUGCUAUUGCAUUUUUAUAUUGCUCACAUGGCACAAAGUGAGCUUAUGGUAUGGUGCAGGAAUGGGCGUCCACCGCCGUCUGUCUACCCUUCUACUUUUAACUGUAUUAACAUUUCCUGAAUUUUAACCUACAUAUCUAAAAUACCCCAGUAUUUUUAUCCUGUAAUUUGUAUGCCCCUGCAUUUUAUUAAUGAGGUUGAUAUCUUGAGAACCCCCACAACAGAUUUGUUUUAUAUAUUUACACAGUAGUAUCAAUUAUCACAUUGAGGUCAGGUAGGUUUAAGAGUCAAAGGUCACGGUUACUAUUUAUCUUCAAAGUUUAAGUUUCAGGGGGGGGGG